UCUUCGAACCAACAUGGCCGCCACCACUUCUUCCGCCGCAAAACCGUACGAUCUCGAAAAUGCGGCGGCCCGGUACGCUCCCCUGCCGGCAGGCCCCCAUUCCUGCGAGAUUCCGACCAGUCGCCGGCCGUCCCUUAAGAGCAUCUCCACCAUUCUCCUCUCCUCACUGUUCUUGUGCUCUUUGAUUAUUCUGUUGGUUUUUAACCAAUCAUCCAUAGAACCUGAUGGACCGGUCGUUUUUGCCGGUUCAGGGACCCGGUCGGCCGAGUCCGUAAAUCCCGGAGUCGUUCUCCCGCCCCCGUCGAGGGGUUUGUCUCAGGGAGUCUCCGAGAAGGCUUUCCGGGGAGUCUCCGGCGGUCGGAUUUCUUACCCUUGGUCUAAUCUCAUGCUGACGUGGCAACGGACUGCUUACCAUUUUCAGCCUGAGAAGAAUUGGAUGAACGAUCCUGAUGGUCCAUUGUACCACAAAGGAUGGUACCACUUUUUCUAUCAAUACAACCCGGAUUCUGCAGUUUGGGGAAAUAUCACCUGGGGGCAUGCUGUGUCCAGGGAUCUGAUCCACUGGUUUCAUCUACCCUUUGCCAUGGUCCCUGAUCAAUGGUACGACAUCAAUGGUGUUUGGACCGGGUCCGCCACCAUCCUCCCCGACGGUCAGAUCGUCAUGCUCUACACUGGAUCUACGGAUGAAAAUGUACAAGUACAAAAUCUUGCAUACCCGGCCGAUCUACUUGACCCGCUCCUCCUGGAUUGGGUCAAGUACUCGGGUAACCCGGUCUUGGUCCCCCCACCCGGAAUUGGUGCCCAGGACUUUAGGGACCCAACCACUGCGUGGAAGAGUCCCAACGUUGGGAAGUGGUUGCUUACCAUCGGGUCCAAAGUUAAUAAAACAGGGAUCUCACUCGUUUAUGAAACCACCAACUUUACGGACUACAAACUCUUGGAUGGAGUUUUGCAUGCGGUUCCGGGUACGGGUAUGUGGGAGUGCGUGGACUUUUAUCCGGUUUCGACAAUCGGUGCAGUUGGGUUGGAUACUUCAGCAAACGGGCCGGGUAUUAAACAUGUGUUAAAAGCUAGUCUGGACGACGAUAAGCAUGAUUACUAUGCAAUUGGGACGUAUGACCCGUUUAACAACACGUGGACACCCGAUAACCCGAUGAUAGACGUGGGUAUCGGGUUGAGAAUUGAUUAUGGGAAGUAUUAUGCAUCAAAGACAUUUUAUGACCAAAAUAAAGGGAGAAGAAUUUUGUGGGGUUGGAUUGGAGAAACUGAUUCGGAAGCUGAUGACCUCAUGAAGGGUUGGGCAUCCGUUCAGACCAUUCCUAGGACGGUUCUUCUGGACACAAAGACCUAUACUCAUCUUCUUCAGUGGCCGGUUGAAGAAGUAGAGAGCUUGAGAUCAGGCGAUCCUAUACUCACCGAUGUCAAUCUUCAACCGGGAUCAGUCGUGCCAAUCCACGUUAAUACAUCUACGCAGUUGGACAUUAGCGCGUGGUUUGAAGUGGAGAACACCAGCAGCCUGGAAGCGGACGUGGGGUACAAUUGCAGUAGCAGCAGCGGCGCUGUUACGAGAGGCGCUUUGGGGCCGUUCGGACUUCUAGUGAUUGCAGACGAAACGCUAUCUGAGCUCACGCCGGUGUACUUUUAUAUUGCAAAGGGCACCGACGGGAAAGCAGAGACUCAUUUCUGCACUGACCAAACAAGAUCGUCGGAGUCUUCCAGUGUUGGUAAAGAGGUUUAUGGAAGCACGGUGCCUGUUCUUGAGGGUGAAACCUUCACUACCAGAAUAUUGGUGGACCACUCGAUCGUGGAGAGCUUUGCUCAGGGAGGGAGAACGGUGAUAACGUCAAGAAUUUAUCCAACGAAAGCCAUAUACGGAGAUGCAAGGGUUUUCCUCUUCAACAACGCCACACAGGCAAGCGUGAAGGCGUCGGUGAAGAUCUGGGAAAUGGGAUCAGCUGACAUUAAACCAUUCUCUUUCAUCAAUCAAUUGUAAUAUAUGUACUAAUAUGUGCCUGUUACGUUAGUUCUGUUGUUGUACCUUUCUAGGUAUUUCGCUUCGUCGCAUAAUAUAUAUAAUUGAUAUGGAACCAGCGGUUUGUGCUCAACAAAUGAAGAAAUUGUGGUUAAAGCAAGAAUGUAUACAACUAUAUAAUUUCCA